AUGUGGCGAGGGCUUCUUUUGGCAGCCACUUUCCUCCUUUCUCCACUUCCAGUAAAUUCUAUAAAAGAACUCCCUGGAGUGAAAAUCUAUGAAGUGGUUUAUCCCAGAAGACUUCAUCCACUACAUAAAAGAGAGAUCAAGGAUCCAGGUCAACAGGAAAAAUUUGAAACUGAAUUGAAGUAUGAAAUGACAGUUAAUGGAAAAAUCGCAGUGCUUUACUUGAAGAAAAACAAGGGUCUCCUUGCACCAGGCUACACGGAAACAUAUUAUAAUUCCACUGGAAAGGAGGUCACCACGAGCCCACAGAUCAUGGAUGACUGUUAUUACCAAGGACAUAUCAUUAAUGAAAAAGUUUCUGAUGCUAGUAUCAGCACAUGUAGGGGUCUAAGGGGUUACUUCAGUCAGGGCGAUCAAAAGUACUUCAUUGAACCUUUAAGCCCCACGAAUCAGGAUGAACAGGAACAUGCACUCUUCAAGCACGAUCCUGAUGAACAGAAGACUAACAGCAGCUGUGGGUUGGAUGACAUGUUAUGGGUACCUGAAAUUCAUCAGGAUGCAGUUCCAUCGGCCACCAGUCUUAAAUCCAAAGACCAGAAGGCUUGGGAACAAAAUAAAUACAUAGAAUAUUUUUUGGUCCUGGAUAAUGGUGAGUUUAAAAAGUACAAUCAAGAUCAAGAGGAAAUAAGAAAGAGGGUGUUUGAGAUGGUCAAUUACAUCAACAUGCUUUAUAAAAAGCUCAAUACUCAUGUUGCCUUAAUUGGGAUGGAAGUCUGGAAUGACAAGGAUAAGAUAAAGAUAUCCCCCAAUGCAAGCCUCACCUUGGAAAAUUUUGCUAAAUGGAGGGAGGGUGUCUUCCUAAGAAGAAAGCAUCAUGAUGUUGCUCAGUUAAUCACGGCAGGUGAAUUUUCUGGAACAACUGUGGGCCUUGCUUUCGUGUCUACAAUGUGCUCUCCGUAUCAUUCUGUUGGCAUUGUUCAGGACCACAGUUACAACAUGCUUAGUGUUGCAGGGACCAUGGCCCAUGAAAUGGGCCAUAACUUUGGAAUGUUUCAUGACACCUAUGCUUGCACGUGCCCUUCUACAGUAUGUGUGAUGGACAGAGCACUAAGCUUCUAUACACCUACGGACUUCAGUUCCUGCAGCCGUGUCAGCUAUGAAAAAUUCUUGGAAGAUAAAUUAUCCAGUUGCCUCUUUAACGUUCCGCUGCCUACAGAUAUCAUAUCCACCCCGAUCUGUGGGAACCAGUUGAUAGAAAUGGGAGAAGACUGUGACUGUGGGACCCCCGAGGAAUGCACCAACGUUUGCUGUGAUGCAAAAACAUGUAAAAUCAAAGCAAAUUUUCAAUGUGCGGUAGGGGAAUGCUGUGAAAAAUGCCAGUUUAAAAAGGCUGGUGAGGUAUGCAGACCAGCAAAAGGUGAAUGUGACCUGCCCGAAAUGUGUGAUGGCAAAUCUGGUCUUUGCCCCGAUGAUCGAUUCCAAGUCAAUGGCUUCCCUUGCCAAAAUGGGAAGGGCUACUGCUUGAUGGGGAUGUGCCCCACCCUGGAGGAGCAGUGCACCAAGCUAUGGGGACCAGGAACCCAGGUUGCAGAUAAGUCAUGUUUUAGCAGGAAUGAAGGUGGGUCAAGUUACGGGUACUGUCGAAAAGUGGAUGACACACGCAUUCCCUGUAAAGCAAAUGAUUCCAUGUGUGGGAAGUUGUUCUGUAACGGUGGGUCAGAUUAUCUGCUCUGGAAAGGUGAUAUAAUAACGUUCCUGACAUGUAAAACAUUUGAACCUGAAGACAGCAGUCAAGAAAUCAGCAUAGUAGCCAAUGGAACCAAGUGUGGAGAGAAUAAGGUUUGCAUUAAUGCAGAAUGUGUGGAUGUCGAAAGAGCUUACAAAUCGGCCAAUUGCUCUUCUAAGUGCAAAGGACAUGCUGUGUGUGACCACGAGCUCCAAUGUCAGUGUAAAGAAGGAUGGGCCCCUCCUGAUUGCGAUGGUUCUUCCACGGUCUUCAAUUUCUCCAUUGUGGUUGGGGUGCUGUUCCCUGUGGCCGUCAUAUUUGUGGUGGUUGCUAUAGUAACCCGAUAUCAAAGCACCAGAGGAAAGCAGAAGGAAGUCCAGAGGCCACUGUCUACCACUGACACCGGGCCACACAAGCAGAAGAGGAAACCACAGACGGCGAAGGCUGUUCAACCCCAAGAGAUGAAGCUUGAAACACCUGACCUUCCAGCAGAGGAGGAUGCACCUCCAGCUUCUGUUCUAAUUACGAAGCCAGAUUUUUCUCCACCACCGAUUCCUACAUCUGUUUCAUUCUCUUUCCUUCAUAAAGACACAAAAGGACUUUCCUCUACUGUUUUCAAGGAUAAGCCAAUGUCUACACUUAAGGGCUCCAAUCCAAAAGUCUGAAGUAACAGUUAAGCAAGGAUUGGUGGGUAAAUGAUCAACUUAGAAGACUGGACAAUCUGG